UCUCUCAGUCAUACACCACGCAGGAAUAUCAGUUGAAGAGCUGGGACCUGCCAUGGCUUCCUGCUACACUGAGCCGCCGACACUCAGUGCCUGGAAACCAGAUGAAGACGAAGAAGAGCCAAAAUAUCCACAAAGGAGCUCAAGUGAUGAGUCUGAGGAGUCGGAGCCUGAGCCACCACUGGCUUCUGUGGGACGAAGAAGGGUUUCUUUCGCAGAUGCUUUUGGCUUGGACUUGGUUUCUGUUAAGGAAUUUGAUAACAGACUUGAGAGAGCUGAAGGAAGAGAAGGAGAUGAGUUCUAUCUGUCCUGCAUCUUCAGCGUCCCAGCUUCGGAUGAAGAGUUGGCACUCCGGCUUCACCAGAACAAGCUGGAGCUGGAGAGCAUUGAGCUCCUGCCUGGCUCCACCACUAUCCGUGGCACUGUCCGUGUGCUUAACCUCUCUUAUCACAAGGUUGUUUAUGUACGAACUACUUUGGAUGGUUGGCAAAGCCACUUUGACCAGCUAGCUGAGUAUGUACCUGGAUCCAGCGAUGGAGAGACAGACCGCUUCUCCUUCCAACUUACCUUGAUGCCUCCCUUUCCACCCGAUGGGGUGCGAGUGGAGUUCUGCCUCUGCUAUGAAUCCUCCACUGGAAUCUUUUGGGCAAACAAUGGAGCUAUGAACUAUGUGUUGUUCUGCCAUCAGAGAGGAGGAAGAGCCCUGAAAGAGAAGGAGGGAGGGAAAGAAAGGGAUUUUGAAGAGAACAAUCAAAAGGGAAAAAAGAGCUGCUUGAAAGCUAUCAAAAAGGGGAGUUGUGCUGAGUCGAAGCCCAUAGACAUGAGCAGUGAACUCUCAGAACAAGAGACAUCUAGGUCUGUAGAGAAUAAGAAAGAGAAAACUCAGCACAAAGCAGAAAGUCUAUCAGGAGAUACACUAGAGGAGAGCUGCAAAACUUUGGCUGAAAGACGGAGCAGGCGGCGAGCAGCUCGGUUGGCAUACUUGCAAGAUUUUUUCUGUCAUAGGGAGACACACGUCCGGCUAAUUCAACCUCCACAUAUAAAACAUACUAGUGUUCUAGAUACUUCUAGUACACUUCAAGUAUGCAGCAGAAAUGAGCAACAUGAGACUAGAUCAUCGAUUCUACCUGACCAUCAGAUUCCCUUACUUCCCCUGGACUGGAGUAGAAACAUCACAUCUGGAACAAGGCUGGAUGUUCCUGAGAAAGAACACACAGAGGAUGUGUCAAUAGAGGUGUCAAAUGAUGCCUGGGUAGCUUUCCUCAAUGGCACAGAUAGUUUAGAAAACCACAACAAUGCGUUGGACCAAACGUGCUUGCUUUGCUCUGCAGGGUCCAAUGCUUCCCAACCAUCAAAUACAGAAUAUGAUGUAUCCAAUAUAGGGGACAAUAUAUUAUCAGUGAGGAAUAGUCAGGAGUGUGCAUUGACCAUUAGGGAUGGGUCACACCAUGAGUCUGAGCCUGCUAAACUGUCACCAUCUCUUGACCCCAGUCAAAUCAGUGAGGCACAAAUCAUUUCUGAAUCACACACUGACCAGGAAUCAGAAUCAAUACGGAUAGAAUGGAGGCCCGGUGUCAUUGAGGCGCCACAUGACAGACACACACUUAGUGAAAGGUCUUUUAGUAAAGAUGAACCCAUGCUAUUAACCAAACAAGAGGAGACAGCCGAUGCUGAGGAUGCCACAGAGCCACCAAAAUCUAAAACCAAACCAGGAGUCUUGCUUGAACAAUGUGCAAAGAGUACAGAAUUCUUAGACAUGAACGUGAAAGGGGACACAGACCGAGUAGUUGAAGACACUUUGACAUUAACGAGGAUCAGGAAUCAGCCCUUUAUAGAGAGUAGGGAGUCUUUAGAGAGACAGCAUAUAGAUGAAAGCAUAGAGGCAAAGAAAAAGAAAGAGCAUAUCCCAGAAGAAAAUGAGAACGCAUCCCAAAUGAAAAGGAUAUCUUGGAGUGAGUAUGAAGAAGCGUUAGUGGUACUAGAAAGCAGAUUGCAAGAAGAUGAUGAGGAACCAUCCCAACUAAAAGAUGGGAACACAGAAAUAUGGAUUUCCUCAAGGACAAGUGCGGUGUGUGAUGAAGGUGAACCACAUAAACAGACUGAAUGCCUUGAUAGUGGAGAGGAGAAGGGUGUGUGUUACGAGUUAGUGAAAAAUAGAUUCUCUGACUCAAGUGAGAGGCAAAGAAAAGAAAGUUCAUCUGUAGAAAAUAUAGCUGAUAAAGAAUGCGAAAAUGGUUUAAAGACUGUGGGUCAGAGUAUAUAUGGAAGAUCGAGUGAGGGUGAUGACUACAUAGACAAGGAAAAAGAUAAGGAACUACACAAGCUUCAGAGUUCCUCUGAAUCCCACCCACUUUCACCUAUGCUAUGUAUAACCAGCCAUACCAGUGGUCCAUCUGGGCACUUCACCUGUACAGAAUCUCUGAGUGAGAGUGAACUUCUUUUUCCUGCCCCUCACAAGGUUUUUGAGAGAGAGGAGACCCUGAGAUAUAGGGUAGCUCAGGACCUCCAGGAUACAGGUGUGAGGACUGAGUUUCCCAGCUCUUUUCCUAGGAUUGCUGCGCCCUCAGUGAGCAAAUUGACAAGCUGGCUGCUGAUAUGCUGGGCCAAACUCUCAAAUCUCAGCUUCAUCACUGGGGCCAUCGUAUGUGCCAUCCUGUUUGUGAUCUUUGUUAAUGUUUGUUUGCAUGACCUCCCAGUUUGUCUGGUCAUUUACCUGUUGUCUGUUUGCUGGUGGUGUAGACAGGGCAUGAAAAAGGAUGUGACCACAGCUGACAGUGUGGACUGACAUCAGUAAUAGAAAUGUUUCACUUUCAGGGCCCAACACCAGUUGUCUACAUGUACCAGUGUAGCAUUUCUUUCUAUUGAGGAUGUUGCUUUCCUUCAUCCAUUUUGCGAAGAUGAUGAAUAUAACACAUAGGUGCGCAAAUAUCUGGGACCUCCAUAAACAGUAAUAGCAAGUUAAUGUAGCAUUUUUGUUUGUACUGCUAAAUAUAACUAUCACAAUAUCAGACUCUCAUGACUCAGGCUACCUUACAUUGGGAAUGUUUAACAUUCAUCUCAUAUUUAUUAUUAAUUAAAAUAGUAUCUUUUACUUGCAGUGUUAGGUGUAUUAAAUUUUAAUGGCCCCUAUUUGCAUAAAACUUCUACAGCACAGAUUGUCAGUGUUUGAGUAUAGUAGGUCUAGUAGAGCAUAGUAGUUUUAUGUUUUUAAACAUAAACCAGGACUAGACACGGGGUUAGGGGUUAGGGUAUGGUUAGGGUUAGUGUUUAGGCUUAGGAUUUAUGGUUAGCCCUGGUUCAGACCAGGACUGGAUACAUUAGAUCAGAAAUAGAGAAUUUUCACAGAUUAGUGAAUUGACAACACUGCUUGUUUAAAAAAAAUCAAUAAUAAACAAUGUUUAAAGAUGAUUGUGAACAGAAGUGUAUUAUUUGCCCCCUUGAAUCAAACAAAAAUCUGUUUGGAGUCUGUGGUGGUAGACAAAAGUGUGUUAAUUGUCAGUAUGAAACAAAAUGUACAAUUUUCAUCAACUGUUAAAUGGUUAAGAAUUAAAACUUGAACUAGCAAUUCAGUCAUGUUCCAAAUUUUAGUUGAAUACCUCUGCUGUAUAAUAUUAAUAAGCUUUAUCACUUCAAGCUGUUUUAAAUUAGGGCUGCAGAGUAGAACUGAGGACACUUAAAGGUAUCUGAUUUUUAACGUAUCAACAAAGAAUUUAUUAGCAAUAAUUAAUUAGUCAAAAUUUUAUGUGAUUUAUUUGAUUUGACUCAGCAACAAUGAACUGUAUGUGUUCAUGCACAGGAAUCUGUUCUAUCCAUGUACAUAGGUGUGCAUUUAGGCUAUGACUGACAUCAUGGAGCACUGCUACUUGUUUAUACACAAGUGUUAUGGAUGUGACAUUUCCUGCAACAUCUACCAUGUGACUAAAACAGGAUCAACCAUGGGAACAGAGUGUUAAAGAGAGAGAGAGACAGAGAGCAGAUGCUGCGUGAUACAUGAACUCAGUCACGUACGUGAGUCAGAAAUUUAAUUCUCACAUGUAACCUGAGAUUGGCCCACACAUGACAGGCAUAUGGAGUGUAUCUUCUUGAUAUCCGCAAACAAUGGACUGCAUACUUGUUAUAUUUAUAUAUAUACUGUACAUGCAGUAGAUUAUAGACAUGGAAUGUGUCAUACAAAUGUUGGUAUACUGCUCUCAUGCUGUGAGUUUCAAAGGCUAAAGUUCAAGUUAUUACGCACAGUUGUAUGUGUGUGUGUGUGUGUGCGCGCAUGUGUGUGUGUGUGAGAGAGAGACAGAGAGAGAGAGAGAGAGAGAGAGAGAGAGAGAGAGAAGGGAAAUAGAGCCACUGGUUGACUGACACUUCAGCCACCUGAUCCAUUCUGUUGUGCCUUUGACCUUUUGGAGAACCAGGCUGUAGUCCAAACUGAAGUCUCUCAUCGAGUAGCACUUUCAGGAACUUCCAGAUAAGACUAUACACUCACUGCCUGAAGACUUUUAACAAACCUAAACCCAUUGACUUCAGCAUCAGCCCCUCAGACACAACUGCAGUGUUAAAUGAAUACAUCUUCCCUCAAUGAACACUCUCCAUGUUAAAUAAAUACUAUAUU